AUGUGUGUGCUUCUGUUCACUUUCACCCUCUCGCUGCGAGCGGGCGUCGCCCCGCCGCGCUCGCUAGAUCGCUUCGUCGUGGCCGCCGCCGGCGUGCGGAUGGCCGCGCCGCCGCCGGAGCCGCCGCGCGACUCCUUGAGCAUGGAGCGCGAGGCGUUGGCGAGGCGAGCGGCCGAGGUGGCCGACGCCGUCCGGGAGGGCGGCCCGGCCGCGGCAGCGCGGAGCCUGGCCUCGCGCGUGGUGGGUGGCGUCACGGUGGACGGCGCGCUCGAGGCGCUCGAGCGCGCGCGGCAGGAGGCUGGCGGUCAAACCGGCAACGAGGCGGCCGAGGCGGCGGCGGCGGUGGCGGCCGCAUCGCCAGAGUCGGUCGCGCUGGCGGACGAGCUUCCGGACUCGUUCGAGGACUCGGUGGAGCGUGCGGUGGCCUCGCUCGCGCGCGCGGUCGACGGCGGCGCGACGCGCCUCGUCGUCGAGUUCGACACGUCGGCCGGCGACGAGACGUACACGCUGCUCUCGCGCACGAUGCAGCUGGCGCGGCCGAUGCUUCCGAUGCUGGCGGCGGCGCUGGCGCUCGAGCCGGCCGAGGCGGACGCCGACGCCGACGCCGACGCCGCCGACCCGCCCGCCGCGGGCUUGCAGCUUCUCGUGCCUGACGAGGGGACCGCCGCGAUGGUGCGGAUGCAGUGGGAGCUGCCGCGGGGAACUGUCGUCGGGUCGAUGGGGCGGGUGUCGCUGGCGGUGGGGGCAAGCGCGCUGGUGCUCGUCGCCCCGGGCGCGACCGAGGUGGCCACUGUCCAGCGGCUGCUGCGCGAGGUUGAGGAGGGGGCCGCGGGCGCGCCAGCGGCGGGCUCUGUAGGCCUCCCGGUGCUGAUGCUCAACCCGAAGCUGGUCGACAUGCAGUCGACCGGCUACGGGCUGGUGGGGCGCGAGCUGCGCUCGCUCGUCGCGGACACGUUCGAGGUGGCCUUCUGCCUCAAGACGCUGCUCGGCGGCGCGCUCUACCGCUCGUACCCCAACGAUUGGGCCGUGUGGCGCGAGGACGCCGGCGCAGCCAACGGGCCCGCGCCUGCUCGAGCCCUUCCCGGAAUGUACGCCGCCGCCUACUCGGGCCCGCGCCGGCCGGCGCCCGACGACAUCGACGGGCUCCUCUUCCCCGAAAGCGAGGAGUCGCCCGGCGGCGGAGGCGGGGCGUCCUUCCUGGACGGCUUCGCAAAGUUCGUCAAGGGGUUCCAGGCGAUGUGA